UGUCCCUCCCGGUGUCAGGGCGCAUGGAGCCUCCGCGGAAGGAGGCGAGGGAUAAUCCGUCGGCGACAGCGAACCUGCUCUCCAAGGUGUUCUUCUGUUGGCUUAAUCCCUUGUUCAGAAUCGGCUACAAGAGGAAGUUACAAGAAGAUGACAUGUAUCAGGUUCUUCCAGAGGAUGGAUCUGAAAGACUCGGGGAGGAACUACAGGGCUAUUGGGAUCAGGAGGUUCAGAGGGCAGCCAAAGACAUGCGUACCCCAAAACUUACCAAAGUUCUUAUUCGGUGCUAUUGGAGAUCAUACUCCCUCAUUGGAAUAUACACCUUUAUCGAGGAAUCUAUCAAAGUGAUUCAGCCGCUGAUGCUCGGAAAGCUGAUCGAGUACUUUGAGAGCUACGACCCUGACAAUAAGGUUGCUCUCCAAGAGGCGUACGGCUUUGCUGUCGGUGUCUCUGUGUCAACCAUAAGCCUGGCUGUCCUUCACCACCUCUACUUCUACCAUGUCCAAAGAGCAGGCAUGAAUAUCCGGGUUGCCAUGUGCCACAUGAUAUAUCGGAAGGCUCUCUGUCUUAACAGUGCAGCACUGGCAAAAACGACCACGGGACAAAUCGUGAACCUUCUAUCCAACGAUGUCAACAAGUUUGACGAGGUAACUUUGUUUUUGCACUUUUUAUGGGUUGGCCCUCUUCAAGCCACAGCUGUACUGCUGUUGUUGCUGCAUUUGAUUGGCCCAUCAUGCCUUGCGGGAAUGGCAGUCCUCGUCUUCCUGAUUCCAGUGCAGACCAUGUUUGGACGCUUCUUCUCAACGCUCAGGGGCCAAACGGCAGCCUUAUCAGAUGAGCGGAUACGAACAAUGAAUGAAGUAGUCUCUGGAAUCCGUAUUAUAAAGAUGUAUGGUUGGGAAAGGCCUUUUUCUGCUCUGGUCGAUGAAAUCAGAAGAAAGGAGAUCUCCAAGAUAAUGAAGAGCUCAUACCUGCGCGGACUAAACAUGGCGUCUUUCUUCGUGGCCAGCAAGGUCAUCAUCUUCAUCACAUUCUGUGUCUACGUGCUGACAGGGAACAGGAUGUCUGCAAGCAAAGUGUUUGUGGCUGUUUCCCUGUACGGAGCGGUGAGGCUCACCAUCACCCUCUUCUUUCCUUCGGCCAUCGAGAAAAUCUCCGAGGCCCUCAUCAGCAUCCGAAGGAUCAAACGUUUUCUUCUUCUGGAUGAAGUUGCCCCUCAUCACCUUGGGCUUCCUGUAGAAAAUAAAAAGGAGUGCAUGGUGAAGAUCCAGGAUUUGAUAUGCUACUGGAAUAAGAUGCUGGAUGCUCCCACUCUACAGAACAUAUCUUUCACUGUGAGAUCGGAGCAGCUGCUGGCUGUCAUUGGACCCGUUGGAGCUGGAAAGUCCUCUCUUCUCAGUGCCAUCCUGGGGGAGCUGAGUCAGGAGAGGGGCAUGGUCAAGGUGAGAGGUGAGCUGACCUACUCCUCACAGGAACCCUGGAUUUUCCCUGGUACAAUCCGGAGCAACAUCCUCUUUGGCAAAGAGUUCGUUCCGCACAAGUAUGAGAGGGUUCUCAGAGCCUGCGCCCUUAAGAGAGACGUGGAUCUGCUGCCAGAUGGUGACUUGGCAGUGAUUGGGGACAGAGGAGCAAAUCUCAGCGGGGGACAGAAGGCACGGGUCAACUUAGCCAGGGCGGUGUACCAGGAUGCAGACAUCUACUUGCUAGAUGACCCACUCAGUGCUGUGGAUGCUGAGGUGGGCAAGCACCUGUUUGAAGAGUGCAUUUGUGGACUUCUGAGGAAGAAGCCCCGCAUUCUGGUUACUCACCAGCUACAGUAUCUGAAGGCUGCUGACCAGAUACUUGUCUUGAAGGACGGUCAGAUGGUGGUGCGGGGGACAUACAGUGAGCUGCAAAGCUCCGGAGUAGAUUUUACCUCCCUGCUGAAGGAGGAAGAGGACCUGGAGGAGGGAAGGCAGGGCACGACCCCUAUCCCCGGCCCUCUGUACUGCUCCCCACACACCCUCUCGGAGAGCUCCAUGCCUUCUCUCUCCUCCUCCCUGUACUCACUGAUGGAGGGAGUCGACCAGCUUCCAGUGGCAGUGCAGCCCAUGGUGGAGGAGAGUCGCUCAGAGGGAACCAUCGGCCUCCAGCUGUAUGUGAAGUACUUCAGAGCAGGAGCCAACUUCCUGGUCCUCGCCGCCCUUGUCCUGCUCAACCUUCUAGCUCAUAUAACAUAUAUUCUCCAGGACUGGUGGCUCGCUCAUUGGGCCUCUGAACAGGAGCACAUCAAUGUGACGGAGCACCUCAAUGGCAGCUCGCCUCGGCAGUUGGACCUUGACCUUUACCUGGGUGUUUACGCAGGUUUAACGGGGGCUUCUGUGGUGUUUGGCUUCCUGCGCAGCAUGGUCUUCUUUAACGUCCUUGUCAGCUCAGCUCAGACCCUGCAUAACGGCAUGUUUAACGCCAUCCUUCGGACCCCUGUUCGCUUCUUCGACAUCAAUCCUAUAGGAAGAAUCCUCAACCGCUUUUCUAAGGACAUUGGUCACCUGGACUCUCUGCUCCCAUGGACAUUUGUGGACUUUAUCCAGGUUUUCCUGCAGAUUGUUGGGGUCAUCACUGUGGCAGCCACUGUCAUCCCCUGGAUCCUCAUUCCUGUCGUCCCUCUACUCAUUGCCUUCCUUCUUCUGCGUCGCUACUUCCUGCGAACCUCCAGGGACAUCAAGCGCCUAGAGUCUACCACACGGAGUCCUGUUUUCUCUCACCUCUCUUCCUCGCUCCAAGGCCUGUGGACCAUUCGUGCCUUCAAAGCUCAGCACAGGUCCCAGCAGAUGUUUGAUGCAUAUCAAGAUCUCCAUACAGAGGCCUGGUUUUUGUUCCUGACCACCUCGCGCUGGUUUGCUGUGCGGCUCGACGGAAUCUGCUCUGUGUUUGUGGCUGUUACUGCCUGUGGCUGCCUUUAUCUCAGGCAUGACAUGGAGCCUGGUGCUGUGGGCCUUGCCCUGUCCUAUGCACUGACUCUAAUAGGCAUGUUCCAAUGGGGCGUCAGGCAAAGUGCAGAGGUGGAGAAUAUGAUGACAUCAGUAGAGCGAGUGGUUGAGUACACACAGCUGGAGACUGAAGCACCUUGGGAGACAAACAAACAGCCUCCACCCAGUUGGCCCAAAAAUGGCUCCAUCACCUUUGACCAAGUCAGCUUCUCUUACAGUGCCAACGGGCCUUUGGUCCUCAACAACCUUACUGCGGUCUUCAGGUCCAAAGAAAAGGUUGGCAUAGUGGGGCGCACUGGGGCUGGUAAAAGCUCUCUCAUUGCGGCCUUGUUCCGACUGGCAGAGCCCAAAGGCAGAAUAACAAUUGAUGGUUUCCUGACUUCUGAGCUUGGUCUUCACAUUCUGCGCCAGAAAAUAUCAAUCAUUCCACAGGACCCGGUUCUCUUCACGGGCACCAUGAGGAGGAAUCUGGACCCUUUCAGCCAGCACACAGACCAAGACCUGUGGAAUGCACUCCAAGAGGUGCAGCUGAGGGCCGCGGUGGAAGAGAUGCCCAAGAAGUUGGAGACGGUGCUCGCUGAGUCGGGCUGUAACUUCAGCAUGGGUCAGAGGCAACUCGUGUGUCUGGCCCGGGCCAUUCUCCGGAAAAACCGCAUCCUCAUCAUUGACGAAGCCACAGCCAAUGUGGACCCAAGAACUGAUGGCCUCAUCCAGCAGACUAUCCGGGACAAGUUUCGAGAGUGCACAGUCCUCACCAUUGCUCACAGGCUUAACACUAUCAUUGACAGUGACAGAAUACUGGUUCUGGACGCCGGCAGGAUCCAGGAGUACGACGAGCCAUAUGUCCUGCUCCAGAACCCGGAUGGAGCGUUCUUCCAGAUGGUCCAGCAGACCGGCAGAGCCGAGGCCCACUCCCUGCUCCAUACAGCCAAGCAGGUUUACACGAACAAAAGCCGCUGCCGUCUGCCGGUCGGAGUGACAGACGUUCGCUGUGCCGAGGAGAGCCGUGUCAUCUUCGAGACAUCCCUUUGACACUUUGGAGAGUCGCUGUGACCCCGCACUGUGUCUUUAUGCUUUCCCAUCGCUGAGGCAAUCCCUUACUGUCAGAAGGCAACCCAAUACGGCACGGUCCAUCAAAUGAAAAUGUCUGUUCGACACACAGUAGGCCGGUGUAGCAUGUUUGACUGGCACAGUCCCUGGGCAUGUAACAGAAAAGAGGCAAGCGUCCGAGGCAGGUCGUGACUGUAGUGGCGGCGUGAUACUGUACGGCUGUUUAUUGAUUAAAUCCCACUGUGUUUAUGUGUGUGUGUGUUCUGGCCUCUCGGGUAGCUGAAUCCAAAACCGGCACUUGAAAGAGCGGCGGUCUUGGAUGCGUUUAUUCUAGUGCAAUAAAUGAUUGUUUUCUUAAUUUGUUCAGCUUGACACGAACGUGACCACGUAGGACGAAGAGUCCAGGUCUUGGGAGUUUAUUCUGAACGAGCUUUAAGAGGAGGAGAACCUUAGAGGAGACACCGGUUGUUUUCAGUAUUACUGUGCCUUGAUCAGAGUAUUGAUCUUUUGUAAUUGCACUGUACUCAUUGAUUGUCUUAAAAGCAGAUUGGUCUUCUUGCACUUUUGACUUUAACGGCUGUAUUGCUACCUCAGUCCUUGGUCACCAGAUAACACUGACGCAGGUCAAAUGUAAAGCUUUAUGUCAUGGCGUUUGAAUUUGCCGGCGCACCAAAGAGCAUGUGUGUGACACAAGUAUGUAAACUCAAAGUCUCUCCAGAGCUUUCGCCACUCACUGAAAACCUGCUGUGAGCUCUCGCCCCCCGUUCGAUGUGUCGGAGCAGGAUGUUCAGCUGCGCGUUUAAAACCCUGACUUGUUUUCAAGUGGUAAUAAAAAUAGAGAAUUUCGGCGUCCGGGUGGCGUAGCGGUCUAUUCCGUUGCCUACCAACACGGGGAUCGACGGUUCGAAUCCCCGUUGUUACCUCCAGCUUGGUCGGGCGUCCCUACAGACAAAAUUGGCUGUGUCUGCGGGUGGGAAGCCGGAUGUGGGUGUGUGUCCUGGUCGCUGCACUAGCGCCUCCUCUGGUCGG